UAAGGUACAUGUGUAGAAAAUUAGAACAAUUACAUGUAUUAUAAAUUUACAUAAUUUCUUCAACACGAUUUCACCUGAUUAAGGACACAGUGAUUAAACAGAUCACGCAGGUGUGUCGCGCAGAUAUGUCGCGAAGCAGCGGUAGUUUUAAAAAAGAUAUUUUUUAUGUAUAUUAUAUGCAUAAAAAAUAUCGUAAAAUCACGUAUUAUAAUCACACCCAAAAGCGAAUACCUUUAAAUACUAGCUGUUUCCUUCACUCUACCAUCAGCAGAAUAACUACCAACCCAACAUAAUGGCACAGAAGUAUUUGGACAUGAUCGAACAGGAAAAGGCUAGACCAUUUAGAGAUUUUGAAGAGGAAUGGGUUGAUCUAGGAAAACAGCUUUGCCUAGUUGCUUUUGAACCAGGGAAUUCUCCCAAAGACGACGUGGAAGAAAUUGAGUCCCCAUCCCUUAAAAGAAAACUAAGUCAGGCGGAGGACUCUUACAUUUUAAACAAGAGGAGAACAAAGCUACAAAAACUAAGUGUAAUGGAGGAUGAAGAUGUCAUACUGACCAAUCUAAGAAAAGAGGACCCAUCAAAGUAUGAGAAAUUAGAAAAGAGAAUACGGGGAGAUGGAACCUCGGUGGGAUUUAAGACCACCCCGACAAUUAUUGGAUACAACUCUCAGUCGCCAGAAAACUGCACGUCUCAGGGAUUUAAGACCACCACAACGACAAUACCUGUGUAUUCGUCUCAAUCGCACGAAUGCAGUACGUCUCAAGGAUUUACGGUUAAGACCGUCGCGCCAACUACCGACUAUCCCCCUCAAGAGCCAGAAUGUACCAUGACAAUUCCUGCGUACUCGCCUCAGUCGCCAGAAUACAGUGUGUCUCAGGGAUUUACAACCGCUGCAACAACUAUUAAGAACCCCCCUCCUCAGUCGCCAGAAUGCAGUACGUCUCAGGGAUUUACAACCGCUGCAACAACUAUUAAGAACCCCCACUCUUUGCACUAAGGUAACCCAUGACGUUAUUGACUGUAUACUCACCCUUGGCUGUGAUCUCAUAUAUCCCACCUUGACCUCGUGUGACCCUUAGGGAAAAAAACCAUGACGUUGUGUGACAUUUCUGCCUGUAAACUCCCCCGAGACUGUAUCAUGACGUCAUCCCUGGGGAAAACCCAUGACGUCAUCCCUGGGGAAAACCCAUGACGUCAUCCUGACUAUAUGACUGUAGAGUGUCCUUGACUGUAGACUACCCCCUGACUGUAGACUACCCCCUGGGGAAAACCAUGACGUCAUCCCUGGGGAAAACCCAUGACGUCACCUGACUGCAGAGUGAC